GCGCGACUUGAAAAUUCCGCAUUGCAAUUCCAAUAAAUAGUCAACAUGGCGGAUAACGGAUUGAUGGUUACGAUUUCUGGUGCAGCACUUUCUCUUCUGUUUUAUGAGAAUGCACGGAGCCGAGGUGAUCAGAUGGGGUUUCUCCUCGGGGAAGUUCUGUCAUUGGUCACGAAGAACGUUACUGAUUUGGAGAGACAUGUGGAGUCGGUGAAGGUUCAUGUUGACAUCCAGAGUAUAGUGAAAUGCUCACCAACCGAUCAGAUCUACGACUCAGGUGGCAAGGUAAACGAAGACAAACUGAAGGACUUGAUCAAGGACAAGGGCAAGAGCGUCGUAGGAUGGUUCAGAUUCCGUCGUAACGCUUCACUCACUCCCACUCUGAGGGACAAAAUAGUCCACAAACAGUUUCUAUCGAUCUUUCGAGGCGCCAGUAAUCAGAUCAAUGAGAAUUAUUUCGUCGUUUGUAUGCUUAAUGCCUCUGUGUCCCCGGGAGAAGGGACUCACAAGUUCAAGCAUGUUUUUCUUCAUUACAAGCAGGGGAUGUACAAUGCAAUUCCACUUAGAAUCAACAAUCUGGGACAUGAUGCAACAAAACACGAUGGCUCAGACUACAAGCCAACUCCCAUAAAAUAUUCCGAUGAGCCAGACAGCUUUACAAUGCUCGUCAAGUCAUUGAAUUUGGAUUUGGCUCGCACCCCUGGCGUCGAGUCCAUCUGCAAGAUCGAGGAAGCUGCUGAACAACAUCUGGAGCAGAUAGUGCCAUUGGUAGUCAAGACUGAUCGGGAGGUCGCUCUGCUGGAGAAAAUGGUGAUGGAAGCCAGGCAGGAGCUAUUCGAGAAAUGCAUGCAGAAGGAGAUCGAGAGGAGAGAGAAAUGCAUAAUUGAGACUAAGUGCAGACUUCGCAGGGAGAGGGACAAGUUCCAGAGAAUUGAGGAGUCCACUUCCAGAAAUUCCACGUGUCAGGACGAUUUUUUGCUGGGGAAGGAGACAUCAGCCACUAGUAAGCAAAAGACUCUUCACUCCCUGGCCCUUGGCAGCCGCAUAUCACCCAACAAUGAGCACAUGUUGAAUCCCUUUGCGACUAAUAAAAAACCCUCCUACAGUCAGGCAACGAAGAAACAUACCGAGAGCAUGUUCGAGGACUCUGACCCAAACUGUCGAUAAUUCAUAAAAUUGUGUUCACGAGUUUAUCGAAAGGUUUUUUCGUUCAUUCAAUCUUCUUUGUGCAUUUCGUAAAAAAAGUUAACAGACUUUAGAAGAGAAUAAAUAGGAGAGUUUAAUGUUUAUCCAAAGAGAUUGUUAUCUGUGUCGUUGGAAUUAAAUUCCCAAUGUAUUUUUCAUCACAGACCCAUUAACAUACGUCACUGUAAAUAUUUUCUUACGUUAAAAUAUAACUAUUAACCAGGGA